UCUCAGAUUAUAGUAGUUUAAAUAUAAUUAAAAUGGAAGAAGUUGAAACGAAGGACGUUUACACGGACACUGUUUUUACAGCUCUCGGCGAUCCUUUGAUUAAAGGGUUGACCGAAGUGGCCAAUGUAAAGCCAAAGGACCCAGUGGCGUUCCUAGCGAGUUUUUUGCACAAUUUUCCGGAGAAUGAGAAACCACGAUUAGGUACGCAGGAAUCCAAUGUGUUAGUGACGCACGGGCCGCCCGAGGUGGAGAACGAACAACCUCCUCCAGACACGCACGCGGCAUUGUCUCGGAGCGCGACCCGUACGGCGACGAGGCCAAGGCCUAUUGACGUUAUCACGGUGGAUCCACGGGCAGAAAGCAGUCCUGAUGGUCCGGAGGCCGCAUUUAGUAGUGCUGACAGGGAUGAACACGGUCAGUCGAUGCUCCACUUCGCAGCCGCGAGGACGCACACACGGAAUGCACUGUUCCAGCUGCUCCAAGAGUCUGAUGUCAAUCUUGCCUAUAGAGAUGAGUUGUACCGAACUGCGAGAGACGUAUCUAUGCAGGCUAAUGUGCCGGAGAAUACUGCUGAGAUCGACCGAUGGGUGUUGCAUCUAGCUGCUAGAGGUAACAAGGAAAAGAUAAUGGAGUUGUUUCUAGAAGGCUACGAUCACAUACUGGACGUCGUCGACGAUGAGGGAGUGCCAAUAACCGACGUAGUGGCCAGCCGGGACAGUGAAAUGAGCAACGUGCUUGCUUCGAUACCUGCUUUCGAGGACUCACGAGACGCCCUCCACAGUGCGAUACGAAGAGGAGACCUCGCUGCAGUUGAGAAUACCCUGGCAGCAGAAGGUGGAAGAACACUAGCUAGAGGCAAAAGCUCGUUCGGCAGAACAGCUCUCCAUGUAGCGGUGCUGGCGCAACAUGAGGAGAUCGUAGCAUUGCUGGCUUCUAAGUGUCCGGAGCUGCUACGGUUUGGAGACAACUUGGAGCGCACCCCCCUUCACUACGCGAUGGGAAUGGAGAAGAUGGAGUCACUAAGCCGUGUCCUCAUCCGAGCCGGUGCCAAGCGCGUGCUCAAAGACCUGAAGGGGCGCCAACCCUCCUACUACUUCAUGAACAAGUCUGACAUCCUGCGGCUCAAAGAGGAGGAGGAGAUUUACUGACAGAGCAGGAGGGUUUAGUUGAUUCCUCGAAUUGUAGUUGAGGAUUUUGGAUGAUUUUAUUCUUUAUCCUUUUAUCGUCUUCUACCCUAACUUGUGCACAGUUUCAUGUAUCUAUCCUGACUUUUUUAUACAUGAAUUACCCUUUCUAUCCAUUUAAUUCAAUCACUAUUUGUAAGAAUUGUGAGGUACUUUAUGUUUGGUAUUUUAAUAUGAUGUGAUAUCUUUAUCCAUGGCUAAUAUUUAACUACAAAUGGAAUUUGUGAACGAUAGAUAUACCAAUUCGGUAAUAUUAACUAGCCAGAAGACGAUAAAGGAAUGAGGACAAAGAAAUCCAACAAAAUAUUUGGAGAUGGAGAAACGAUCAUGUUUUGGACAGCUCAUCUUUUAGUAUAGGUUUCUCAUCGGCUGAUAGAUUAUGUACCUAUGUAUCUACACACCUGGUAAAUACUCUGGUGUUCUGUAGGUGACAAAUCCCCUGAUAGCAUAUACCUAUGGUGAGCCAUGAUCUGAGAUUUUCCGUCUUUUCCAGUGGUCAGAUCAUUGGUUAGACAUUGGAAUCAUGAGACCGUGUGAUUGCGAGGCUAAAUAAUUUUGUAAGCGGGCCGGUAUCUAAAACGAAACAUUUGUAUUAUUUGCUUUUCAUACUGCACUUUAGAUAACUCUAAAUGUUUCGAUGAAACUAGUCGUGUGCCGAAUUUCUUAGAAAGCGUAAUUGAACGCACGAUACGGAUUUUAUAUAAAAAAAAUAUAAAAUAUAAAAAUAAAUAGGUAUUUUUCUAAUUCACAUCAUUCGUAACUUGAGGGGACCCUGUAGAUUCUAAAAUUGUUAGAACUAUGAAAUAAUAAACGUUUUAAAAUAAA